CUUUCACUAACACCUCCAGGCUGGAUCGAUCUCCUCUCGUCUGAUCUGCCACCAACCCUCGGAACGACAUCGCAUUGCCACAAUCCACCCGCACCGCAUCGUAUUUUCUUACUAAGGCUGCGCCCCCCGUCUGCCUUACUCUACGAACAACCUCCUCGCUUCCAUUAGUUCAAAGCAGAGGACCUUGCACCCGCUACGAGGCUCGCUUGAUCGAUAGACCCCUUCUCUCUUUCCUCUCAACCUCUUCGAACGUUUCUUAUCAGCAUGGCCGACUGCCUGCGGAGGAAGCUCGUCAUUGUUGGCGACGGAGCUUGUGGUAAGACCUGCCUGCUCAUCGUCUUCAGCCGUGGCACCUUCCCUGAGGUGUACGUCCCCACCGUCUUUGAAAACUACGUGGCCGAUGUCGAGGUCGAUGGAAAGCACGUCGAACUGGCUCUUUGGGAUACCGCGGGUCAAGAAGACUACGAUCGCCUGCGACCCCUGUCAUACCCUGACUCGCACGUCAUCCUCAUCUGCUUUGCCGUCGAUUCGCCCGACUCGCUCGACAAUGUCCAAGAAAAGUGGAUUUCCGAAGUGCUGCACUUCUGUCAGAACUUGCCCAUCAUCCUCGUUGGGUGCAAGAAGGACCUGCGUCGGGACCCAAAGAUCAUCGAGGAGCUGCGCAAGACGAGCCAGAGGCCAGUGAGCCCUGAGGAGGGUAUGGCUGUCGCUCAAAAGAUUGGUGCCGCCCGUUACCUCGAGUGCUCGGCAAAGACUGGCGAGGGCGUCCGAGAGGUGUUCGAGCACGCGACAAGGGCGGCUCUCCUCAGCAAGCGAGGCGGACAGAAGAGGAACAAGUGCACGGUCCUCUAAUCGUCACAUUUUGUGCGUCAGCGACCCUUUCCACUGGAGAGAGGUGUGCUGGAAGUAGAUCGAUGACAAUGACGAGGACGAGGAUGAGGACAGGACAGGGCGUGGAAAACAGUUCUGGGAAGGGGUUGGGAAGAAGAGAGGGAUACGGUCGUACAGAGCGACUGGCAAACACAUUAUCACGAUGAACGUUCUCACGAAGCUCCUUUCAUCUCUGAGCUCGUCGUUCGUUUUCGCUCUUUCCCCCCCCCCCCCCC